AGUCUGAAUAAAACAUGCUCCCAGUGAAUCAUUUUAGAGGGGAAUUUAAGCUACUGACAACUCCAGUAGGUACUGCUAAGCACCAGAGCAGGAGUGCCCAUGCUAGUAAGCAUAAAAAGAAGAGCUCGAAGAGGAAAAAUAAAAUUGAUGGGAUGAAGCUAUUUGGAUUCCGACCACCCCAAACGACAAUGGCUAAAGUUCUACCAGUAUUUGGACCUUUGUACCAAAAAUACCAUGUUCCUUAUAACAAGACCACUUUGAAGAAGCUAGGACAGGGAGUUUUAAAGAGACUGAUUGAAAAGUCACACCGAAAGCCUGAUCUAUCAGUGCAAAAUAUCUAUGUUCCUUAUGAAAUUUGCUCGUAUUCUCGCCGAAAAUAAAAUAAUCAGAAGAAGAGGAGAUCAUCAUCAAGCGAAGCUAAUGAAAAUUUCGACUUCUUUCAAAAGACAUAGAGAGAAUUGGCCUAAGUACCUCUGCUCUAAACAUCAAAAAGAAUCCCUUAGUAAUAGUAUUCCUCGUGAAUAUAUGAACAACUCCAAGAACUUCAGUCAAGAUAGAUUUCAUAUGAGGCUAAACUCACUGAAUGACACAGAGGAUCUGAAAGAUCUUACACGAGAAAAAGAGUGUGAGUCUUGUAAAACUCUACAUAAACUCCAUCUCAAAGGUCAGAAGGCAUCUAUCAAAGAUCACAGUGAUGAUGAAUAUAUCGGGUACUUCCAAGAAAAAUAUCACUUAAAAGAUAUGAGUGAGGCUCGAGAGAACCAGGAAAAACUUAAAAUGAACAACAACAAAUAAGCUAAUAUCCUUCAGAAGUGAGCUACUCAAGCCGGAGAACCAAGAGAUCCAAAAGAAUAUUGAUAUGAUUCAGCAGUUCAAACCCGUCAGUCUUGCAAGAGAAAGUUUAAGAAGUAGGGAGCCCUCGAACCAGACUCAAGAUUUCAUUAAAAGCAAAGAUCUUAAAUACUUGCAAAACAAGGCUAUUAAUGAUAAUUAGUUCAUUACUUUCUAAAUCAUCAGAAUCCCUUGAAAAGAUUGUAAAGAAAGAUGGUUUUGUGUCUAGCCCUGAGGAUAAACCCAGGACUAAACCAAAAUCAAAGUUACUUACAGAGUCACAAAUGAUGUCGAUGACAUGAGGUUCAAAGAAAAAGUCAAUGAAAAAUAGCUUCAGGGCUCAGAAAUUAAGUCGUUAUGAAGAAAGUCCUGACAAGCUAGUUAUGAGGCUCAAUAACUCAUUUAUGCCACUGAAGCCAGGAAAUAGAGGAUCGAUUAUGAGGACAAGUUAUAGCGGCAAGAGCUCCCCAGUACGGCAGUUCCCGGAAGCACCUCUAAAAAUCAUGGUAAAGAAAUAUUUCUAAAUCUGAAUACAAUACUAUCCGAAGAUUAAACAAGCUAAAACCAGCACAUUAAUGAUAAUAUGACUGACAUAAAUUUUAUUGGUUUCA